GGCUGCGAGCCGCGGAGCCUCCAGUUUACGCGCAGGGCCCCGGCAACCGCGCGGCCAUGGUCUCGCCGCGGGGCAUCGGCACCUUCGUGGUGUGGGACUACUUAGUGUUCGCCGGGAUGCUGCUCAUCUCGGCCGCCAUCGGCAUCUACUACGCCUUCGCGGGGGGCGGCCAGCAGACCUCCAGGGACUUCUUGAUGGGCGGCCGCAGUAUGACCGCCGUGCCCGUGGCGAUGUCCCUCACCGCCAGCUUCAUGUCGGCUGUCACGGUCCUGGGCACCCCCUCCGAAGUCUACCGUUUUGGGGCCAUAUUCAGCAUCUUUGCCAUCACCUACUUCUUUGUGGUGGUCCUCAGCGCGGAGGUCUUUCUCCCGGUAUUCUACAAACUGGGAAUUACCAGCACCAACGAGUAUUUAGGACUUCGAUUUAACAAAUACGUUCGUCUCUGUGGAACAAUCCUCUUCAUUGUUCAAACAAUUUUGUAUACUGGAAUUGUUAUCUAUGCCCCUGCCCUGGCUUUGAAUCAAGUCACAGGAUUCAAUCUGUGGGGUGCUGUAGUGGCUACUGGCGUGGUCUGCACAUUCUACUGCACUAUGGGUGGUCUUAAAGCGGUUAUCUGGACAGAUGUUUUUCAAGUUGGGAUCAUGGUGGCUGGAUUUGCAUCUUUGAUUAUACAGGCUGCAUUGAUUCAAGGUGGAAUCGGCACUAUUCUAAAUGAUGCCUAUAAUGGAGCAAGAUUAAACUUCUGGAAUUUUAAUCCUAACCCUUUGCAAAGACACACAUUCUGGACGAUUGUUAUAGGAGGGACCUUCACAUGGACCAGCAUCUAUGGAGUCAACCAAUCCCAAGUGCAGAGAUAUAUUUCCUGUAAAAACAGAUUCCAGGCAAAAAUGUCUCUCUACAUCAAUCUUGUGGCACUCUGGUUGAUCCUGACCUGCACAGUGCUAUGUGGGCUCGCCCUGUAUUCCAGAUACCGUGACUGUGAUCCUUGGACAGCCAAGAAAGUGUCUGCACCAGACCAGCUCAUGCCUUAUUUGGCACUGGACAUUCUGCAAGAUUAUCCGGGACUUCCUGGACUUUUUGUGGCCUGUGCUUACAGUGGAACAUUAAGCACAGUGUCCUCCAGUAUUAAUGCCUUAGCAGCAGUAACUCUGGAAGACCUAGUAAAAUCUCGCUUCCAAUCUCUCUCAGAAAGGUCUCUCUCUUGGAUUUCCCAAGGAAUGAGUGUGCUGUUUGGAGCUUUGUGUAUUGGAAUGGCUGCGCUGGCAUCACUAAUGGGAGCUCUGUUGCAGGCCGCACUCAGUAUAUUUGGCAUGGUUGGGGGACCACUUCUGGGCUUAUUUGCUUUGGGGAUUUUGGUUCCCUUUGCCAACUCAAUAGGAGCACUUGUGGGUCUGCUGGCUGGAUUUACCAUUUCUUUGUGGGUCGGAAUCGGAGCUCAACUUUAUCCUCCACUUCCUGAAAGAACUAUGCCAUUAAGCCUUGAAACCUACGGCUGUAACAGCACAUACAAUGGGACAGAUUGGAUGACAACCACAGAAGUGCCAUUUUCUACCAGUGCUUUUCAAGUAUACAACAUUGAAAGGACUCCACUGAUGGAUAACUGGUAUUCUUUAUCAUAUCUAUACUUCAGUACUGUUGGAACUUUGGUAACGUUAUUUGUGGGAAUGCUUAUCAGUUUAUCUACAGGAGGAAGAAAACAAAACAUAGACCCCAGAUUCCUACUAACCAAAGAGGACUUUUUAUCCAAUUUUGACAUUUUUAAGAAAAAGAAGCAAGUUUUAGACUAUAAAUCUCAUCCAAUAGAAGAUGAUGGAACUGAUAAUCCUGGCUUCAACCAUAUUGAAUUGAACUGCACAGAUCAAAGUGGCAAGAUCAAUGGGACUCGUUUGUGAAGCAGCUGUGAUGCUAAAUUAUCUUAAACAGUGUCCCAGUUUUAUAUGUUUUUUAAGAUAAUUGGAUCAGGUUUAGAUUUUUUUUUGUCCUAUCAUGAGUGUUUUGGGGGAACUUU